CCAUUUCCUGCUGAGAAGAAAUGAAGAAGAUCGCCCUUGUGUAAGCUGUUCUCCUUUCCCUGACAGUAAAGGAAUGGCCUUCGAGCUCACAAUCUGCUGCUAAUGGGGUCAGCUUCGCUUGCUACAGCUAUGGCGCUGAAACUGCUUCAAAUCCCGUUUCCGAUUUCAGCUCCGCCGGCGUCGAACCCGUCUUUAAACCCAAACCCGGCAUCGUCCACGCCCCACCACCGCCCUUCCACGGAGCUCCGCUUCUCCCGGUGGAACAACGCGAACGCUCGAGAAUUCGAGGAGCGCCGGCGCUCGGUGAAGGAAAUCGAGGACGACAUCCGCCGCGCCCGUCGCUUCAAUUCCGCCGACAACAUCGUCGACACUUACGACCCGACUGCCGCAGCCCGCGCCGGACCUAAUGCCGGGAGCAAUUUCAGGUCCACGGGGACGCCUUCGUCGCCCUCAAGGUCGUCGAUACCCGGUCGGAGAUCCAAAUACUCCAAACCCGAAGAUCCGAAGACCGCUCAACACCCGGCUUUCCGCCGGGUUGCGAAGGUCUCCAAACGGCCGCAACCCGUCGACCGGAAGGCCGACGUCAAGCUCAGCGAAGAUGGGCUGUCUUACGUUAUCGACGGCGCGCCGUUCGAGUUCAAGUACAGCUACACGGAGGCGCCGAAGACGAAGCCGCUGAAGUUACGGGAGCCUCCGUUCUCGCCGUUUGGGCCGGUCACGAUGCCUCGGCCGUGGACCGGAAGAGCGCCGCUGCCGCCAAGUAAGAAGAAGUUGAAGGAAUUCGAUUCGUUUCAGCCGCCGCCGCCGGGUAAGAAAGGGAUAAAGUCGGUUCAAGCACCCGGCCCGUUUCAGCCCGGGACGGGUCCUAGGUAUGUGAAUACACGGGAUGAGAUAUUGGGGGAGCCAUUGACGAAGGAGGAGAUUAAGGCUUUGGUUGAAGGUUGCAUCAAGGCGAAGCGGCAAUUGAAUAUGGGAAGAGAUGGUCUUACACACAACAUGCUUGACAACAUACAUGCUCACUGGAAGCGCCGGAGGGUCUGCAAGGUCAAAUGCAAAGGAGUUUGCACUGUUGAUUUGGACAAUGUCUGCGAAGAACUCGAGGAAAGGACUGGAGGGAAGAUCAUAUACAAGAAAGGAGGAGUGCUGUAUCUUUUCAGAGGCAGAAACUAUAACUACAGAACUCGACCACACUUCCCACUCAUGUUGUGGAAGCCACACGCUCCUGUGUAUCCAAGGCUGAUCCAACAAACUCCAGAUGGCCUAACACUAGAUGAAGCCUCCGAGAUGCGCAAAAAAGGCCGGAAUUUGGUACCCAUUUGCAAACUAGGGAAAAAUGGUGUGUAUGCUAAGCUGGCUGAUAACGUCAGGGAAGCAUUUGAAGAGUGUGAAUUGGUCAGAAUCAAUUGUCAAGGGAUGAAUGGAAGCGACUUCAGGAAAAUUGGCGCCAAGUUAAGGGACAUCGUUCCAUGUGUGUUGAUUUCAUUUGAAAGUGAGCAUAUUCUUAUGUGGAGGGGAAGGGACUGGAAGUCCUCCCUCACUAAACCAACUCGUACGAUUGAGCAAAACGAAGGUUCAUCUUCUGUUAUGCCAGAACUAGAAGACUUGGAAGUACUGCAAAUGAAUAGCACCUCUCAAUUGGAAUCCACAGAGAGCCCUAACUUGUCUCUCAUAGCAUCUGAAGAACAAGCAGAAAUUACUUCUAGUGCAGAAACUUUUGUGCCAUUAAUUGCUGGCAGUUCUGUUGCCACGGAAUCCGAAGCUACAACAAUCCACACCAACAGUCACGAAACGUCGUCAGGGAUCAAGAUUUCUGCAGAUGUGCAAGUUUAUGAAAGCGAAACCACUUCACUUGAUCCAAAGAGUGAUACAGACAAUGAAGAGAAAACUAUGAUUGCUCAACAUACCAUAGAAGCAGCAUUGACUGAUGAUACCAUCCAUGGAAAUGAAGUACCAAAUCAAGAAAGCUUGGAACAAGGCAUCUCAGAAGAAACCAUCCACCACCAUCCCAGUGAACCGACGAGCUUGAGCUUGCCGUGCCUACAGGGAGUUGUACGUCUACUGAACCAAGCAGUUGAAAACGAAGCAGCAAUUUCGUUGGACAGCAAGGAGUUGGAUGCUGACAACGUCUACAAGAGAACGGUUGCCUUCUCCCGGUCAGCUCCACCGGGUCCUGUGUUCCAGUACAGGCGGCGGAGGAGGAAGGAAGAAGUGGAGCCGACGGAGGACAAUGCAGAGAAUGAAGAAAGGUCGGAUGAUUCAGAGGCUGUAGAAUUUGCUCCACCAGCAGUUUUUGUGAAGAGAGGAGGGAUUGAGAGGAAAAGUUCAGGACUUGGGAGAAGAAGGAAAGGAAUGGAUGAACAGUUUGAGUUAGUGGGUGGUGCUGUUCAGGGAAGCUUGGGGGUUGAUGAACUUGCUCGGCUGCUAGCAUAAUAAGAGCUUUCUUGGGUUCCAAGUUUAUGUGUCUGUACUGUACUACAAUUCUGGUUGAAUUAAAAAGAGAAAUCCAUGGAAAUUAUUCAAUAUCUAUUCUUUUGUAGUAAAAUUAUCCGAAAUUUCCACAC